AUUUCGGUAGCCAAAGUAUGUCAUUUUAAAUUAGAUAUUUAUGUAACAGUCGCUGUCUGAUUGCAAUUUGUGAUAGAUAUUGUGCCCUGUGGUAGUGAUUGUACAUCUUUAGAUAUAUUUUGAUUGUGUACGCUAAAACCAAUCAACUGGACUGAAGCAGCAUGGCGGCAGGGGAUGUGACCCGUCGCGCCUCCAUCACGGCACCUUCGAUGCAUCGCCGUCCUUCCGCUCGACGUGGCUCUCUUAUUAAGACCACAACGUCACCCUCCAAGGAAGUGCCAUGGGAUAUCAUAGAUAGAUGUGCCCUGCCGAUCGUGUUGUGCCACGCUCUGGCGGUGGUGUUGUCAACGCUACUGAACGCCCUCCACAUCAGCCAAAUAUCAGUUUUCACAUUGUUCCUGUGGUUCGCGAUCUCCAUCACUGGAGCCCUGUGGUUCUACCACAACUUACAGGUGACAGCGGCUGGUAAGGCUGUACUAGUGACUGGUUGCGAUAAUGUUCUGGGCAAUGCAUUGGCAAGGAGGCUUGACGACUUGGGCUACCACGUGUUCGCCGGCUUUCAAUCCAAAGCGGGCAACAUCGAUGCUGACAUGCUCAAAGAAGAUUGUUCCGGAAGAUUGCACACGCUGCAACUUGAUAUAACUUCAGAGACGCAGAUUCUUUCGGCAUCUUUGUACAUCGUGGACCAUCUGCCAGAGGGCGCUCAAGGACUGUGGGCCAUCGUGAACUGCGAGUCGUGGUGUGCGCUCGGAGAACUAGAAUGGGUUCCAUUCUCUGUGAUACGACGUGCGAUGGAAGUGAAUCUCUUGGGUCCCUCCCGCCUAGUGCAAGUGAUGCUACCACUGGUACGUCGGGCUCGCGGUAGGAUUGUGUUGGCGUCUUCUAUCCUGACUCACGUGGCUGCUCCAGUACGGGGCGUGCACGCAGCCUCUCUCGCAGCCCUGGACGCGCUCGCAGCCUGUCUCCGGCGUGAGCUCAAACCCCGGGGCGUUGAUGUCGUGGUGGUAGCCGCUGGUGAAUACACGACAGGAAGUGCUUGGCUCUCUGAAGAGAAACUUCUAGAGCAAGCACGUGACAUGUGGAAACGACUUAGUGAUGAACAGAAGGGAGCUUAUGGAGAGGACUACUUCGAGCAGGCGUUGAGGAGUCUUGAAAAGUACACAAAGAACGCUGACGCCGACCUGAGCGCCGUGACACGCUCGCUGAGUGACAGCGUGACGCGUACCUUCCCCCUGUCCCGCUACACGCCAGUCUCUCCCCGGGAGAAGCUCAAGUCUCUUCUCGCCGAGCACAUGCCACGCUCGCUCUACGAGGGACUGUACGCCGAUUAAGACUAUCGAUUUACAACCUUGUCGCGACGUGUUUAGUAUCAUUUUAACGCCCACAAAAUUCGAAAUUUGCUGUCUGUACCAACCGCACGAUAUAAAGGAAGCAUUGAGACAUUACAAUAAUGACGUCACUCUAUAUUUACUGUAAUCAUAUAAAGAACAUCAAUUUUUAUUUCAAUGUGUUUGAUAAUUUACGAUACUUGAUGGGUGGGACCACACAUUCAAUGAACAUCGUAGCGUGACGUUGUUAUGACGUCAUAAUAUAUCAGUAAACCAUUGACAUACAAAUAAAACAGAAAACAAAAUUUUAUGAACGUUGCGGGACUCGAACCCGCGAUCUCUUGCGUUCCGUGCGAGAGCUCUUUCCAACUGAGCUUUUGUUUUCAGUUUUAUUUGUGUAAUUAAUCCCAGAACUGAGGGUUACCACUUUAAAAUAUAACAAAUUGUUUAUACGUAUAUUUUGUAAAAAAAAAUAUAUAUUAAUCAAUUAAAUAAAAUAUAUUUACCGCUGUGGAAAACUACUACUGAAUCGCUAUCAUUGUCAAGCUUUAUCAAUGAGGUCAACGAAAUUGUUAAGCCUUUGUAGUAAAUAACGAACCUCUGUGAAUUGUGACUUAUAGAAUAAAUAGUAGAUAAUCCCGUAUGGGUGAAGAUCGUUUCCUAUUCGUAUCUUAGAACUAUAAGCCCUGAUUUCAUCUUUCACACUAUGAACCGAGUUUCAAUAAACUCUAGAACUAGUUUACAUGACAGUCCUGAACUCAGUUAAAGACAAAGCGAUUUCACCGGCACGUUUUGAACGCGUUCACGAAAUCCGAGUUUAUAUGCCAAAACCCACUGAGGUACUAAAAAUAGUGAUGACAACCGGAGCUAAACAAAUAUCAAUAGGAAACUAAUUACAAAAAGAAUUCUGUACUUUAUUACGUUGAUUCCUGAAGUAUAAAUAACACGAAAUACGACCAAAAUUAAUUCAAAAUACAAAACUACUUCAGAGUAUUGUACGUUCAUUCGCAGCCAUUUGUAAUAUACGUCAAAAUUACGCUCGCGAGUGGCGCUUCAAACAGGCGCAAAAAAUUUACUGUCAAACAUAUGGAAUCGCCUGUCCAGUGGUAUUUAUACACUGGACAGUCAGUGCCAAAACGAUACAUCAUAUACACAAAGUGUUAAAAAAUAUUUUCAAAACUGUCAGUAUUGACACUUGACACGUCUCUGUUACGUCUUCAAAGUUCAAAAUUUGAAUUUUCAAAUCUUGACGACAGUGAUGAGUGACUGCUCUUUAUGCGUGUUCAAUUAUCUUAAGCGUCCAAACUUGGCGGAUUGCAUGUAAACGCGUUGCGGGUUUAACUGCGUUCACUUUGAGUUGGUGAAAUGCGGAGUAGAGCUUUGAACUCGUUUACGCUCGGAAACGAAGUUCAUCGUGAAAUGAUUGCGUUGUACUUCACCGGUGAAAUCGGGUUUAGACUACAUGAUUUAGAUAAAUUGACACGUAUGGUUCACGUAGCACAAUAAAUGUCCAGAUAAUAUAUAUAAAGGUAUGAUAGGUACUUGUGUAAGUCAAAAAAUGUAUAACAUGUACGAAAGCAAUCGAAUCUAACUUAUUUAAUAUUAUGGUUUCUAGCAAUUAUACAAAUUUAUAGACUAGGAACUCAAUACUUUUGUUUUUACGUUUAAAAUUUUGUUGUAUAGUAUAGUACCGUAAGGCAGUGCCGUAUUUAGGAUAUUACCAUCGAUGUCAAAACACUUGACUGGUGCAGAAAUGAACAGAACAGAAUAAAAUAAUAUUGCGUGGUAGUUAGAAAUGUUCAUUCAAUAACUAAUAAAUUCUUGUUAGUUCUUGGACGUCCAAGGGGACAUUUUGAUAUAUUUAUAUUAUACUAGCUGCCAGUACAGACGCUGUGCUAUAGAAAAUGAUAAGAAUUUAUAUCAUAUUUGUGCAAAUGACUUUUACAUUACCGCUUUAUAAUUGCCAAUUCUGAAAAUAUAAAAAUGGAUAUAGUAUGUUAUCUUUAAGAGAUAGACAUAUGCCAUCGCGGACGGCUUAUUUUUUCCGAUAUCUCCAACAAAUUUCAUUAAUCUAUACUAAUAUUAUAAAGCUGCAGUGUUUGUUUGUUUAUUUGAACGCGCUAAUCUCUGGUACUACUGGUCCGAUUUGAAUGAUUCUUUCAGUGUUGGUUAGUCCAUUUAUCGAGGAAGGCUAUAGGCUAUGUUUUUUUUUUCAAAAUUAGGGAUCCGUAAUAAAAUUGCUAUUUUGUAACACAAGGUGUAAAAUCGAAAACCUAUUUUUGCGUGCGCUGCAAAAACUAUUGACAAUAGAACAAAAUGAUGUACAGGCUAUUAAUAUAGGCAAUAUUAUAUUACUUAUAAAACUAUCGCGUAACGUUUGCCGGGUCAGCUAGUAUACAUAUAAAUUUAAACAAAAACUUAACAAAUUAUAUACUAAAACCUUCAGAACUACACUAUUCUUUGAUGAAAACAGCGUGCAUCUGUCAUGCAGUAGUUUUUGAGUUUAUCGCAAACAGACAGACAGACGCAGCGGAGGACUUUGUUUUAUAAUAUUUAGUGAUUAUUUUUAUUAUAUUACAUUUCGCUUUUGAGAACAGGCUGCGACUUUCAAACUGAAAUAUGGUUGAAACGGUUAUAUUAUUUUAGUUCGCCAUUUAUAAUUUUAUUAUGAAAUGAAGGCAGCCUAGAUAACACCUAAUUAUAUUAUGAGCUUUAACUUAUAGAAGAUCGCGCCGGUUUAGAAGUAGGAAUCUAUUUACGUCACCGCAGUAGGCUCACACAAAUAUAUAUAACCAAAUCAUGGGGUGGCUUUAUUUAUUACAUUGUGCACCAUGAUGGUGUAGUUUGUAGAAGCGAAGCUAUCCCGAGGGCCUCAAUACACCCGAGAAACGGAAUCGUAGUUUUCGUUUUUGCAACUGGACUUUUUUACAAUGAAAUUAGGCAACGGGUACGUACGGCUAAAUAGCCUUUUCGAAUUUUGAUGAUUGCUAAUGUGAAUAUUUUUAAAUCAAAACUGCUAAUUAAAUAUAAUAAACAAUUAUUUAUAAGAAUCUUGUGAAUUCAAUGCGAGGACGUACGUAAUCAGUCACUUUUCCUCGUAUAUAAUCUAUCCGAUUUUAUUUAAUGUAUGAAAACUCCUUUCUCCUAAACGUUCUAAUUUGACUUAAAAAAAUUGCAUCAAAAUAUUCAAUAGCCGAACGAAGUAAAAUGUUAACUCGUAAAAAAUUUAUGUUCAUUUUUUGUACACAUAAAGGUAUGUUCGUAAUAAAUGAUGCCAUGUUGUUACAUUUACACGAAGACAGUCUCCAAGAAGGAUUAACAUAAAGUGAAUUUAAUAAUGUUAAGUGUUAAUUUAUGUAACAAAAGUUUAACUCAAAUCUCUCUGAAAUCUUCCUAUGUUAACCGCCCGCGGCAACAAUCACAUUUACAGCCGUCAACACAUUUUAAUGAACUUCUCUGUUCACUAAUAAUUAUUAAGCUGAAAUUCUCUUGGAACAUGCUAAAACUUUGCCUUGCAUUGCGACAUUAGCAAAAUGCUUUUAUAAAUUAUAAUUAAUGUGCCUUAUAUUAUGAUAAAGUAACGUUAUAAUUUAUGUAACAAUUAGCUUUCUAAAUUUAUUGAGCUUGUGAAUUACUAAGUGUUUGAACUCGGAAUAUUUUUCAUUGUUUUAACGCAAUGAAAAGCAUUUAGACUUUAGAGUUUUAUCCUUUAAAACCCAAAGUACUUUUAUGAAAAAUUCAGUCGCUGUGUAAAUUACCUGUGACCUAUAUUGUGGAAGUCUUAAUAAGAAUGCAUUUAAACAACUUUUGCCCAGUAUUUAAAUCCUAAGUUAUUAUCUUGUUGUGUGUAUAUUUAAUAGUUGUAAUAAAUUGUUGAGUGCA